AUGCAGCUGCAUAAUCAACCGUCAUCCAACUUAGAAAGUGCCAGGUUCUUUGUCAAUGACGCUGUUUGCACAAUUAAAAACUGGACCUUCACAUCUCUACUCCUACCUAGUCAUUUGCUCACUGUUACGCCCCUAGUCUCAGAUAGUGAAAAGCAAGAGGAUACUGAUGGCCCUCCAGCCAAUGCAGGGGUACCUGGGGGGCAGAGCCCACCUGUCAGUUCCCAAGAAAUAGCCGAAGCAGGUCUGGCUGCUGUUCCAGAACAAACACAGCAGUCUGAGGCAGCAGAGUCAGGACUAAAGAAUCAGGUUGUCAGCAAGACUUUGAAGGGAAUUUGCAGAGCAACAACUCUCAGAUAUGAACAUGACUAUUACAAGACAGGAGACCACGUUAUUGGUGGGGUUCUGUCUCUGAAUGAGCCUAUAUGUCCGAUAGAGACCUUCAAAUCUUUACCUCUCGAUUUCAACCAAUAUAUGUUUGAGUUUGUGAGAAAGAAGUACCAGCAUUCCUUAGCCUUCAUUUUUGCUGUUGAUGAGGUCAACAAGAAUCAAAAACUCCUACCUAAUGUCACUCUGGGCUUCCGCAUCUAUGAUAACUUCUUCCACAGAAGUGUCAAUUAUGAUAUCACACUGUCCCUGUUGUCUGAAGAGAAACAAGGCUUCCCUAAUUUCAGGUGUGGCAGUCAGUACAAGAUGUCUGCAGUUGUAGGAGGGCUGAGCUCUGGAGCGUCUAUCCAGAUAGCCACUAUCCUAGGCCUCUAUAAAAUCCCACAGAUCAGUUAUGGAUCGAGUCACCCAGUGCUGAAGGAUAAAACUCAGUUUCCAUUUUUUAACCAAAUGGUACCAAAUGAAGCCUCUAAGUAUGAAGUGACAGUAACUUUGUUAAGGUAUUUCAGAUGGACAUGGGUUGGCCUCAUUGUUUCAGAUGAUGACAGUGGAGAAGAUUUUGUGCAAGCCCUGCAAACAAUGUUCAGUAGGAAUGGCAUUUGUGUUGCUUUCACAGAAAAGGUGCCACUGAUCUUUAUUCAAUUGAAUGAGUCUGGGCAUCACAUAUCUUCUAUGCAAGAUAUUCUGGCAGCUCUUACUUCAACUAGUGCCAAUGUGAUUAUUUUAUAUGGGGACACUAGUUCCAUGCAACAUUUAAAAUUAGUGCUAAAUGCAUAUGGACCAUUGACAAAGACAUUCCCAGAGAAGGUUUGGAUCACAACAGGCCAGUGGGACUUGACCACAUCCAUUUUAGUGAACGAUUGGUAUAUCCAACACUUCCAUGGUUCCUUAUCCAUAGCAACCCACAAAAAUGAUGUGCCAGGAUUUUCGACCUUUCUCCAGACCUUUAACCCUCACCAACACCAAGAUUAUCUUUCUCUUCAACAAUUCUGGGGUGAUGCAUUUGAGUGCUUUAUGACCCCAAAUCCCUAUGCAACUAUAACUAAUCCAAAAAACUGUACAGGGGAAGAAAAACUGGAGAGUCUUCCAGACACUGAAUUUUCAAUGAGGAUGUCUGAGGAAAGCUACAGUAUCUACAAUGCAGUCUAUGCCUUGGCACAUGCUUUACAUGCCAUGUAUUCGUAUGGGCGGACAAUGGCAGAAACACCCAAAGUGGGCCUUGAGAAAAUGCCACCAUGGAAGCUUCACCCAUUUUUGAGAAAAGUCCAUUUCAACAACAGUGCCUGGGAUGAAAUAUUUUUAAAUGAAGAUAUGGAAUUGUCUGUUGGGUAUGACAUUGUUAACUGGGUCAUUUCCCCAAAUAAAUCCUUCAUGCAAGUGAGAGUUGGAAUGAUGAAUUUCCAGGCAUCCUUAGACCAAAAGUUUAUCAUUGAGCCAGAUGCCAUUAUAUGGCCCAGGAAAUUCCACCAGAUGUUGCCUCCUUCCAUCUGUACUGAGAGAUGCCACCCAGGAUAUUAUAGAAAAGCUCAUGAGGGGAAAUUGUCUUGCUGUUAUGAUUGCUUCCCAUGUCCAGAAGGAACCUUUUCAAACCAAACAGAUGCCUAUCAGUGUAAAAAGUGUCCAGAAGAUGCACAUCCCAACAAGAAUCAAGACUGUUGUAUCCCUAAAGCCAUAACUUUUCUGGACUAUGAUGAACCUUUGGGGAUCAGUUUGGCUACAGCUGCACUUGCUUUUUCUCUACUCACAGCUUUGGUGCUUGGAACUUUUAUGAACUAUCAGAACACUCCCAUCAUCAGAGCCAACAAUAGGGAUCUUACCUACCUUCUGUUAAUCUCCCUCUUGCUCUGCUUCCUUUGCUCCUUUUUGUUCAUUGGACGUCCCAGCAGGAUGACCUGCCUUCUUCGACAAACUGCUUUUGGCAAUAUCUUUUCCCUUGCACUUUCUUGUGUCUUGGCCAAAACCAUCACUGUAGUUCUGGCAUUCAUGGCCACAAGUCCUGGAAACAACAUGAGGAAAUGGUUAGGGAAGAGGCUGUCUUAUUACAUUAUACUAUUUUGCUCUAUAAUUCAACUUGUCAUCUGUGUUGCCUGGCUAGGUACAGCUCCCCCAUUCCCAGAUCUUGACAUGCUCUCACAGGCUGGACAAAUAAUCAUUGAAUGUAAUGAAGGCUCCAGCACCAUGUUUUACCUUGUCCUGGGUUACAUGGGCAUUCAGGCCAGUGUCAGUCUCACUGUGGCCUUCCUGGCCAGGAAAUUACCUGACAGUUUCAAUGAAGCCAAGUUUAUCACCUUUAGUAUGUUGGUCUUUUGCAGUGUCUGGGUCUCCUUUGUUCCAGCCUAUCUGAGCAGCAAGGGCAAAUACAUGGUGGCUGUGGAGAUCUUCUCCAUUUUUUCCUCCAGCUCUGGGUUGCUGGGUUGCAUUUUUGCCCCUAAAAUGUACAUCAUUUUGCUGAGGCCAGAAGUUAACACAAAAGAUCAUUUAUUUAAGAAAAAGGGCAAAAUGAAGUAA